UUCUCUCUCCCCAGACCCCAGGCCAGCCAGGCUCUUGCCUUUACCCCUAAUUGAGUAUUUCUAAUAGUUCCUGUAGUGAAAAAUAUUGUAUUUAUACUGUCCAACACAACACAUGCCACAUGGACAUGAUUAGUGUGACCCAGGAAUUACAUUUUUCUUUUUUAGGGCAGCUUUAGGUUCACAGCAAAACUGAGUAGAAUGUACAUAAAUUGCCCACACUCCCUGUCCCUGCACAGGCAUCUCCUUGUCCGCUUUGAAGAUUCCCUGCCAGUGUGGUACUUUUGUUACAGUUGAUGAAACUACACUGGCACAUCAUUACCCCCAGAAUCAGGGCCGUGCACACUAAAGCACUGAACAGAUACGAUAAUGCAUGCGGACAUGAGGCAUGUGUUUACCAUGAUAGUACUACACAGAAAAGUUUCACUGUCCUAAACAUCUUCUGUCCUCCAUAUGCAACACUCUCUUUCUAACUCUUGGGAGCCACUGAGCUUUUUUUUUUUUUACUCUCUUCAUAGUUUUGCCUUUUCCAGACUGCCAAAUAGUUGGAACCUUUUCAUACUGGCAUCCUAUAUUACUAAUAAUGGCAUUUGAGAUUCCUCCAUGCCUGUUGAUGGCUUGAUCCAUUUCUUUUUAGCACUGAAGAAUACUCUAUUGUUUGAGUGAACCCCAGUUUAUCCAUUUUCGUAUUAAGGUCACAAUGAUUGUGUCCAUAUUUUGGCAAUUAAAAAUAAAGCCAUUGUAAACUACUGUGUGCAGUUUUUGCAUGGGCGUAAGUUUGCAUUUCCUUUUGAUGCAUACAAGAAUGUGACUGUGGAAUUAUAUGCAAGGAGUAUGUUUAGUUUUAUAAGAAAUAAUCAGACAUCACUAAAGUGGCUUUUGCAUUCCCACCGGCAGGCAAUCAAUUUUGUUGUUAUACAUCAUCGUCAGCAUUUGGUGUUGUCCAUGCUGUAGUUUGGCCACUCCUGUAGGUGCAUAUUUAUUUUAAUUUGCAUUUUCCUGAUUGUGUGUGAUGUACAACAUCUUUUUGUUCAUCUUAUUGAACAUCUUUUUGAACAUCUUACUGUUCUUUAGUGAGAUGUGUUCAGGCCUUUGGUUCAGUUUUUUCCUUUUUUUUUAAUGUGGUAUUUCAAGCAUUCUUGGUAUAUUUCAAGUAAUAUUCAUUUAUUAGUUUUCAUAUAUUUCCUUCAAAACCAUGACUUUUUAUUCUAUUGUCACUUUUUUUGCCAGGCAGUCACUGACCACCACUGAGCCAAAUCCCUGGCUCUCUUGUCACUUUUUUUUUUGCACAGAGCAGAAGCUUUAAAUUUUAAUGCAAUCCAGUUCUUUUGUGGAUUGUGUCUAAAAUACUACCUCCAAACCCAGGGUAACCUAGGUUUUUUACCUGUUACCUGCUAGGAGUUUUAUAAUUUUAUAUUUAGUUCUGUGAUCCAGUUCUAAUUUGUUUUUAAUGUAGUACUGGAGGUGGAACGCAGAGUGCUGAGCUGUAUCUCUCUCUCCCAUUUUUAAAGAUAGUCUCACUGUGUAGCCAGGGUUGAUCAUGAACUCUCAGUCCUCCUGCCUCAGUUUCCUUUUUGUUCUGCAUUUCAGGCACAGGCCACCAUGCAGCUUCCUUUUUUCAUUUUAAUUUGAGAUGGGGUCUUUCUAGGUUUCUGCAAAUGAUCUCCAACUCGUGAUCCUCUUGUCUCAACUUCUCAAAAGGCAGGGAUUGUAGAUAUAUACUAGUGUGCUCAGCUUUGAGUUACUUUUUGUGAGAGAUACGAGAUCUGUGUCUAGGUUUAUUUUUGUCUAGUCAGAAACUGAAUUUUUAACUUAAAUAAGCAGAUGUGUUUAGGAGUAUUUCAGGUUUUACCUUGGUUUUCAGCCCUUAGUUGUCUGUAACCUUUUUAAAGAGUUCUUAUUUAAUUUCUUGUGCUUACUAUGCUAACAGCUCUCCUCUCACUAACAGAAGAAUGCUUUUCAUUCCCAGUAGCAAAUAGCAAAUCCAGUUUAUUUCUUUUUGUUCUCAUACCAUUUGGUGUCUGCUUCAUAACUCUCCCUAAAAUCUUUCUUUAGGAGAUGUCUGUAUUGCAACAACUUCCCUAGAAAGAAUUUUCCAGUUGAGACUACACUUUAUUACUUAUUCCUGUCAAUUUUUCUGUAGUUUCUUGUCAGGAUCUCUUUGAAGAGGCCAAAUUUUUUUAAUCCCAAUAUUUAUAAUUUAUAAAAGUUGAACUCUCAAAUGCAUGUUACUAACUCAAGGCAACUUUCGUUUUGUUUUGUUUUUGGUACUGAGGAUCGAUCUCAUAACCUCACACUUGCCAGGCGCAGGGAUUUAGGCCACUGAGCUAAAUUUCCAGCCCUCAAGGCAAGUUUUGAGUCAAAUCUUGAGCCCUUUAUAAAGAACUGAUAUUUCUGAGUAAAAUAGACAUUCAAGAUUUUUGAUUGCUUAAAUGUCCUCUUUGAUUUGAGUAAUAGGUGAGCUGUCUUUGCAUCUAGAAGCUAAGAUUAUGCCUCCAGGAGUAUUAAGCACAUUACUUUUGAAUGCCUCUGAACUCUUAAUAUGGCUGUAUCAAAAAAAUCGUUCUGAUUCUCUACCAUACUUGUGCUAAUGUGUGUGUGCUAUUCUUGGAAAGAACUGAGAUUGUUGGCCUCAUCUUUGCUGUUUGUAUAGCUACUAGAUACACAGUUUGGUCAAAUCUAAAGUCAAAAGAUCAUAGCUUUAAGAUCACAGCCACUUGGAGAGUCAUCCAGUCCUCAAUUGUUAGGGAUAAAUGAAUUGAGAACAAGACAAAGUAGCGACCUCUGUCCAUAAUUUUUUUAAAUUUUGGUUUUUUUUUUUUUUUUUUUUUGGAGAUACAGUCUCAAGCUCACUAUGUGACUGAGCCUGACCUUGAUUUUUGAUUCUCCUGACUAGCCUGCUGAGUAUCUAAAAUCCUUGAUGUGUAAAGCAGUCCCAGUCAAUAGUGGAAGGAGGUGUGUGCUCCAUGGCCCUCAGGGUCAGUCAGGCACCUGGUUUGGAACAGUAAAGCUAAAAGUGAAAGAGACUUUCUUUUCGCUGCCUAUCCUUAGAUUAAACUUUUUAAGUGUAGAAAUUAGAGAUCUAAGAUUGGGAACCAAACCAAGCCAUCAGGCAAAGGAAACUGUUAGCAAGAUUGAUAUUUUCUAGAUAGGAUUUGAAGCGGGAAAUCACUAUUAAAAGAGGCUGGUGUAGUAAACUUCCUGAGAAUACAGUGGGAGUCCUCGAUUUCUAUGUGCUGUAGAAGUCAUUUAAAUAGUAACUGUUGCCAUUGUAUUCGGCUCAGAGCUAAUAGUUACUAGUGGUUCUCCUUAAGAAUUUGGAGUAACCCCCAUGUUACUAGCUUAAUAACUAGAUUCAAAUAGCAUAAUGCUCAUUCUACACUCUGCAUAAUAAUAGAAAACAUUAACCGGAAGGUAAUGGCGAAUGCAGAAUUUUUCUGGACUGUCUUUGAUGCGUUUCUCUCCUAGAAAUCAUCACUAUAUUGGUUAUUCAUCUGUAGAACACAGUAAGGUGGAAUGUUUUAUGAAAGUCUUUUCUGACUAUAGGUAGCCUAUUAAACUUAGAGAAGUUUGGAGGCUGCAGUGGGAGGUGCACAUGUCACAGUAGUUCAUAUCUGUUUCAGCAGCAGUGAUAUUCCCAGGAAAUAGAUAAAUGCCAAGCUAAAAAAAUUAUUUAGUCUCUGGUUUGUGGGUCAUUUGUUAUGGUACAGAUAUCUAUGUUUUUUAGGUCUGUAUCAUAUAUUUAUAAAUGCUUUUGUAGUCCAAUAGAAGUUAUUACAAGAGAUGUGUUUUGACAUUUUGGGGGGCUUUUUUUCUCUUUGAAAUAAAACAUUUUUUAAAAAAAGAAAGAACAGACUUAUGGCCAGCAGUGUGAUAGCAGCAGCAUGCAACAAGGCAGUUCUUAAUCUGUUGCAGUUAUCAGUAAAGCAAAUAAUUGUGCCUCUUUUAUUUUCUUAUUUAGCACUUUUAUUCUUAAUGUGACAUCACUUUAUUUCAAGUACAUUGUAAGACAGGAAGAACAUUGAGAUAGUAUCAAAACCCACUUCCUUUUAUGUACAAAAAUAAAGAGCUCUUAACUGCAAAACUGAUACUUUUAGCUGAAAAUUGAUAGAAAUUCUCUUGAUAUAUGUAUACCUUUGAGCAAAAUAGGAACAGAGAAUAGAGUGUUGAAAUUUAGUUCAGUAUUAAACUAACUUACUGAUAUCUGUAUAAACAGAGAAACUUUGAAGUUUCUGGUUUUGGUUCUUAGUUUUCAGACAGGAAGCAAUGUUCAGAGAAGAGCUUUAUGGAAUUCCAAACCAAGUAUCAUCUAGACUGUCCCAGCCAUCUUCCCCUCAAUCAGGCUGUCCUUCACCCACCAUUCCAGCAGGUAAAGUCAUCUCUCCAUCACAGAAGCACAGCAAGAAGGCCCUGAAGCAGGCUCUGAAGCAGCAGCAGCAGAAGAAGCAGCAGCAGCAGUGCAGGCCUGGCAUGUCAGUCUCUUCCAGCCAGCACCUCUCCCUCAAGACGGUCAGAGCAGCUGGUGACUCCGUACCUGCCAAACCUGUAAUAUGGGAAGGAAGGCAGUCUGAUGGACAGUCAAGCAGCCCCCAGAACUCAAACUCCAGCUUUUCUUCUUCAGUUAAAGUGGAAAAUCCAUUGCUAAGCUUAGGGAAGAAGUCUUUCCAGAGGUCUGACAGACUCCACACAAGGCAAAUGAAAAGGACUAAAUGUGCUGACAUUGAUGUGGAGACCCCAGACUCCAUCCUGGUUAAUACAAACCUGCGAGCACUGAUAAAUAAACACACCUUUUCCGUCCUUCCUGGGGAUUGCCAGCAGCGACUUCUUUUACUGCUUCCAGAGGUGGAUCGACAGGUUGGUCCGGAUGGCUUGAUGAAGUUGAAUGGCUCAGCCCUUAACAAUGAGUUCUUCACUUCAGCAGCCCAAGGCUGGAAGGAGAGACUAUCAGAAGGUGAAUUCACACCGGAGAUGCAGGUGAGAAUUCGACAAGAGAUUGAGAAGGAGAAAAAAGUGGAGCCAUGGAAAGAACAAUUCUUUGAAAGCUACUAUGGUCAGAGUUCUGGAUUGAGCCUUGAAGAUUCAAAGAAAUUGACAUCUUCCCCCAGUGAUCCCAAAGUAAAGAAAACCCCCACUGAGCAACCAAAAUCCAUGCUUCCUUCAGAGGUCUCUCCUACCAGGACAGACCCAGUGGUUCCCCUGUCAGAAUGUAAAGAAGAAGUGGUGCAGAUGCCCUCCCGAGUCAGAAAGGAAAAGCAUGGAAGCCAGGAAGAGGCACAGCCAAGCUUCCAGUCUCCAGAGCCACCUCUCGCCUCAGCUAGCAAUACAAAGGAGCUAAGCAUUCUUCCCAUCAAGUGCCCAAAGCCUGAAGAUGUCUUGGAACAGAAGCCAGUUGCCUCUGCUGAACAGCAGCCUGAGAAAGAAAACCAUGUCGCCUCAGCCUCUAAUUAUCACAGAAGUGAAAGCCAGGAAGUUUUAGUUACAUCCCCAAGCAAACCCAAGAGUCCUGGGGUGGAAAAAGCAAUAAUGAAGCCCACAAUAGAAGCAGGUCCACAAGAGACCAGCGUGAAGGAACCUCUGGUAACUCUUGCUGAGCAGAGCCCAGAAAGCCUCAAGAGAAAAUCUUCCCUCACUCAGGAAGAGGCCCCUGCAAGCUGGGAGAAAAGGCCGCGUGUCACUGAAGAUCGUCAGCACCAGCAGCCAUUUCAGGUCUCACCACAGCCCUUUCUUAACAGAGGGGACAGAGUCCAGCUGCGAAAAGUACCGCCUCUCAAGAUCCCGGUCUCCAGAAUCUCCCCCAUGCCGUUUCCUGCAUCGCAGGUCUCUCCCAGGGCUCGUUUUCCAGUCUCCAUCACUAGUCCUAACAGAACAGGAGCCAGAACUCUCGCAGACAUCAAGGCAAAAGCGCAGCUGGUCAAAGCACAGAGAGCCGCAGCAGCCGCCGCCGCCGCCGCCGCCGCAGCUGCUGCAGCCGCCUCAGUCGGAGGGACCAUUCCCGGACCAGGCCCUGGGGGUGGACAAGGUCCAGGAGAGGGUGGUGAAAGGAAGACCACUGGAGGAGGGAGUCCAGGCUCAGACAGAGUCAGUGCACCUGGAAAGGGCCCUACAUUGGAACUGGCAGGAACUGGAAGCAGGGGAGGUCCGAGAGAGCUUUUACCCUGUGGUCCAGACGCUCAACCCCAACCUGAGACCAAGAGCCCAGGCCAGACACAGCCUCAUAGUGUUUCAGGAGCACAACUACAGCAAACCCCCUCAGUGCCUCCAGCACCUGCCAUCAGUGGAGCACGCACAAACGCCGCAUCACCAGCCCAUGUAGAGAAAUUGAGUCAUGAAAACCUGGACCCUACCACAACAGCCACAGUGACCUCCCCUAGCCACUCACAGAGGCUCAGUGGUUGUGGACAGGAGAGGGCUCCUUCUCCAAAAGGGCCUGCUGUGAUCUCAGGAGCCUCCCCUGUUCAUUUUGUGGCUGAUGGCACAGUUGAACCCAAAGCAUGUUCUAGUAAGAAUAUACCAACCCCUUUAGCCUCAACAAAGACAACUGCUGUUACUCCAGUGGAUGUGGCUCCCUCCCCCUUGACAUCUUUAUUGACAACUACUACUAUAGAAAAGCUUCCUGUACCCCAGGCCAGUGUAACUGUAGCAUCUACUGGAUCAGCUCCAUCCUCAGCUGCUUCUAGCCUUAAAACCCCAGGAACUACUGCAAAUAUGAAUGGACCCAUUUCAAGAUCAAGCUCCAGUAUCCCUGCUAAUAAUCCUUUAGUUACUCAGCUUCUCCAGGGCAAAGAUGUUCCCAUGGAACAAAUUCUGCCUAAGCCUCUCACCAAAGUUGAAAUGAAAACUGUUCCACUGACUCCAAAAGAGGAAAAGGGGGUAGGGCCACUCACAAGUACCACUGGGACAGAGACUAGCACCAGAGAGGAAGUCAGUGAUAGACAGCCCCAUCCGAUGGUUAUCCAGCAGCUGGGGAAAACCUUGCAGAGUAAGCAGCUCCCCCAGGUCCAAAGGUCCCCACAGCUGUUUUCAGCUAAGGACCUGAGGGACUCUAGCAUUGAUACACACCAAUACCAAGAAGGACUGAGUAAAGCAACCCAGGAUCAGAUCCUUCAGACUCUGAUCCAGAGGGUUCGGAGGCAGAACGUUGUCUCAUUUGUGCCCCCUUCUCAAUUUAACUUUGCUCACUCAGGUUUCCAGGUAGAGGACAUCUCCACAAGCCAGAGGUUCAUGCUGGGUUUUGCUGGCAGAAGGACAUCCAAACCUGCAAUGUCGGGUCACUACUUACUUAAUAUUUCCACCUAUGGCCGAGGUUCAGAGAGCUGUAGGAGGAGCCAGUCCAUAAACCCUGAAGAUCGCGUUUGUCUCAGUAGCCCCCCUGAAGGCUUGAGAAUGGAAUACACAGAUUGUAGAAACACAGCAGGGGAUAGUAGCAGUGGCAAAGAUGAUGAAACUGAUGAAGAGAGUUCUGAGGAGGAGCAGGACUCAGUGCUGGUGAAGGAAGAGCCCCAGGCCUGCCAGAACUAUGGCAAGCAUGAUGCAAGUUCAGGACCCCAGAGUAGGGAAGCCCCCUCCACCAAUGAUGGUUUGGCCAACAAAACGGUGAAGGCUGAGGCACCAAUGAAUGAGCACACCACGCUAAGCAAGGGAAGUUACCUGUUCCCUAGAGGCCAAACAUUUGAUGAAAAGACCUUAGCCAGAGAUUUUAUUCAGGUGGCCCAGAAACAAAUGGCUCAGGCCGUUAGAGGUAAGGUGAUGUGCAGCAGCCCUGAGCUGUUCAGUUCCACUGCUCUUUCUCUGCCUGCAGACAGUCCCACCCAUCAGCCUCUGCUCCUUCCACCUCUGCAAACCCCAAAGUUGUAUGGAAGCCCCACACAGAUAGGGCCAAGCUACAGAGGAAUGAUCAAUGUCUCCACCUCAUCAGAAGUGGACCAUAGCUCUGCUGUACUAGGUAGCCAGGUGUCUAGCAGUGUAGGUGAUGUCAUGUCCUUUUCAGUGACUGUCACUACCAUCCCUGCUAGCCAAGCGAUGAAUCCCAGCAGCCAUGGCCAGACAAUUCCUGUUCAGGCCUUUCCUGAAGAGAACAGCAUAGAGGACACACCUUCAAAAUGUUACUGCAGGUUGAAAGCCAUGAUCAUGUGCAAAGGUUGUGGCGCUUUCUGCCAUGAUGAUUGCAUUGGCCCCUCCAAACUGUGCGUCUCCUGCCUUGUUGUUCGGUAAUGAGUCUUGCAAGAUACAUGCUGCAAAGGAAGGGGGAAAGGUGGGGCUAGCAGGAUGUGUUUCUGCAUCAUUUUGGAAUCACAGAAAAAAGGGUGGGUUUGUCUGAAGAGACAGUUAAUCAGGAAUACAGAGUACAGGUCUUUUACAUUUUAGAGGAAGCGCACCUUGUAUAGUAAGUCUAAGUCAAGCAAGACUUUGUGAAUUUGUGACAAGUUUGCACUUAAGAAAUCAUGUAAAUAUGUCACAUUUUGUUUUAACAUUUUUUCAGUGUUCAGUAAUGAUGUAUUAUUCUUUAAAUUCUGAUGUAUGUUUCAUUUCAUGUGACACUGAAAAGCGGAAUGCCAUUUGUGGUGACAGGAAGCUGUCUCUCUUUUUUACCUUUCUUGAAACUUAGGGGGAAAAAGGAGUGGUCUGUAAAGAACUGACUGUUCAUGCUGAUUGUGCCCUUGCAGUCUGGCUGGACGUUAUUCUUAGGUUAUUUGGCCUUUUCAAGAUUUGGAUUCUGGGUUUGCUCAGUCCCUUGAUGGAACCUUCUUGAGUGAAAGUUUUUCACAAGGUAUUAAUGUCAUGGGCAGUGUUUGUUUCUGACCCAGAAAGCCCUGGCUUGGUUCUUGGCUUUUGGAAACCAGCACCAUUAUCGUGCCGCGCCCUGCUGCUCCCUAAUCCCACCCCCUCAUCUAAAGUAAUGACUGUGGUCUGCCAAGAGAGUGCCUUUCUGGACCCCACUUUGUGACUAUUCUGUGCAUGGCGACAGCAUUGCAGUAAGACCUGUACAGUUUCUCACGGGGUUGUACAGACAGGUAUGAGCAAGCAAGGGUCAGUGACGGUGCAUUGGACAGUGUCACUGGACAGGGAAGCAGAGCUGCAGAACUGUCAAACCCAGUGCAGAGAACUUUGGAAGGGAUGUAGUGCUGGCAGCCAGGUAUUGUGUGUUUACCUCCGCUCAGCCUGCUGUUACACAGUCAGCUGUUGUGCUAGAAGAACUCCUUAGUGGCUUGUUGGCUGCUUCUGGUCAACUUGCUUUGAUCUCCAAGGUGUCUGAGGAGUAAGUAGUAGUCUCACUAGAUCUUACACGUGUGUGUGCACAGACAUGGUGCAGGGCACUGCUGUUUUUGAAAACCUGUCCACUGUCACAGAAUUCCUGUUCUCUGCACUAGGGAUGUCUGAGGUAGAAGGACUUCAGUGAGUGGCUAAGGGAUUGUCUAGCAAGGAAGGAAAGUUAGUUCCUAAAUUUCAUGGAGCUUUUUAUUCUUUUUAAGUCCUCCUCUGAUGAUUAAAAAAAAAAUUUCAAAUACGUACUUUUUAGGUCACGAUUAAAGAACUUUUUUUAAAAACCCUACAGUUGAGCUAGGUAUAGUGGCUCACGCCUGCAAUCCCAGCACUUGGGAGGCUGAGGCAGAAGGAUCGCUGUGAGUUUGAGGCCGGCCUGAGCUACAUAGGAAGUUGAAGACAGCUUGAACUGCAUGGUGAGAUCCUGCCUCAGAAAAACCCAAAAAAUAAGUAAACUCUACAGUUUCACCCAAAUUUGGUGUUGAGAAUGUUACUGUACACAUUUUUACUUAGUUCUCCUAAUUUGAGGUGUGUAUAGUAUUAGUGCACCAAGGUGCAGUUUUGUUUACACAUAAUAUUCUAGGUGUGAGUCUUACAAAAUUCAGAACAGUUUAAAAUGUUUAUUAAGUCACAUUCCAGACCAAGAGAAAGGCGGCAGGAAUCUGUGGGGCCCCUGUCUGCAUUCUGCUGCCUGCCCCAGCCCACCACGCACUCUCUGUUGCUUUUCUGCCGUGUCUGCUCCAGACUGCAUAAGCAGCUCCAGUUUCUUAUUUUUCUCUGGCCAUUUGUUGUGGCUUAAGGCAAAUACAGAAUAACUGGGUUCCAGUUUCAGCCAAGACAAUAUGGUGGCCUUCAAUCUUCCCCUCCUCUCUCAGCACAUACAUAGCUAAGAGAUUAAAAAGGCUUCGAGCAUCCGGGGAUAAGUUCUCCAGUGAAGGACCGGUAGGAGACUGACUAGGGUUGCCCAGCUCCCAAACUUUGAUGCCUUGGGUAAUCCGAGGGGGGUUAUUGACAAGCCUGUUGGUUGCCAUGACUAUAAUCCCAGCCUCAGCUGUACAAGACCCUGCCUCAAAAAAAGAAGUUGGUGAGGAGAACUUCCCUGCCCCGUCCCUUUGCUGCACCCCUGACUGCUGAGUGCAGCCCUGUGCCCAGAGAGUUCCGUGUUCUGGAGUUGGCCCUGUGCUGCACAGCAGUCACCAGUUUGGAGUGAUGAAGGGAUUUUUCUGCUUCACGACUACUGGAAAGGCUUUCCUCUGUGUUCCUUUAUCUGAGAAGGAAAGGGUGUACAGGACGGUGAGGGCAUCGGGUUUUCAUUCAUCAGAGAAGAAAUUUCAUGGUGCCUCUUCCUCAGUCCUGGCCUUGCAGCUAGGUCCCAACCUUUGUUUUUCAUGUGAUUCUCCCAAACAGUUCCCAGGAAAAUACUUGCAUUUAGUUGUACUUCAGAAACAAAUGGCCAUCUAGAUGUGUUGCUUCAGACUUGGCAGAUGAGAGAAUACAUCUUAGAUUGGCGGCCAGUUCUCAGUCCACUUCAUUUGUUUGAAGUCAGUAGUUUCAAGUAGAAAGCCAUUCAUUUUGUAAGCUGAACAGAAAAAAAAGUGGCCCUUUAAAUUGUUAGAGUGUGGUUCUGUAAUAACGUGAGAGUGAGUUCUGGCUUAGUUGUUUUACCUUUAAAUUCAUCCUUAAGUGCUGACCAACUGUUAGGGCACUGGGUGGCACGGCAGCCGCGUCUGAGGGAUGUGCUUCUGUGCGCGCUUCCAGCCUUCUGGUUCCCUCCCCCCAGCAAGGGUGUUCGUGAUGGACCUCUCAUUCUGAUUUAUAAAUGUUCUACGUGGUGUAGUAAACAGUCCCUGAAUCCUAAGAUUUUGGAUUAUUCAGAAUUCUGCAUCCUGUUAAGCAGAGAGGAAAGCCAAGUAACGUGGAUUUGUUUGCCCUGCUUUAGUUCCUUUGCCCCUGUGUGGAAAAUCCUGCAGCUAUCCGUGGUAUUCUUGUAACAUUUCUGAGGGUAAGAGCUGGCCAGUGGGAAGUUUGCCUUGGAGUGGGGAGAAGUAAGCUUCCGUUGGCUGGGAAGACGCAGUUGGAGGUAUUUUAGAGCUUAUCUCAGAUUUAAAUAAGUCGCCAAAGGAAGACCUCAUUGCCUUCCAGGUGAGGUGCAGUGUCCUACAUACUAAUCACUUCUUACUGCCUUUUUCGGCCUUAGAGAUCCUUAAAGAACUCUUUGGUUAAAUGAUUAGCCAUAAUGAGAGGUCUCUGGUCAUCAUACUGCUAUUUAUUUCUAAAAUUCACUGUCAGCAGUGCCAGGGUCGCUUUCUCUUCAGUGUCACAUCAACAUCGUUCCGAGGAGGGGAAGGUCUCCCCAUCGCAUUAACGCCGGUGUAUUAGGUAAACCCCUCGGCCCAGGACGAGUCUCAGCUUGUUUUAUAGAAUUGUCCAAAGAGACUGAGGAACAUGAUGACAGGCAGGGUCCUCUCCUUCAUGUUUCGAUACCUGCACACCUAUUGAAAGAAAACAGUAGGUAAGAUGUUUCCUAAAGUUGAAGCAAUAGCUUCUUAGAGUCUUGGUUACUUUAUUUUUUUUAAUGCUUUACAUUUGAUACAACUAUUAAAGAUCAAUUUUAAAUAUAGCUUUCCAGUAAUAUAUUUUAAGUAAUAAUAUAUUUUAAUAUCUAUGUAAAAGGUGACAGUGGAAGACUUUAAAUUUCUCACAUAUGGUUUAUGUAAUGUAAGACCACACUAUUAAGGUACACGUUGUUUCAGAGGAAGUUGCCCUAAAGAUACUCAGAUUAUUUCCAAAAAAUGCAAUAAUGGGGAUAGUUUUGGGGUUUAUUUUUUAUUUUAAAUGGAAAUUGACUUAUUUACCACAAACUAUUUUUUCCCUCUGGCUAUAAGGUUUGUACAGACUGGUUUGGUAAAUGCUAAACUUUUGUGUCUCUUGCCUUUUUCAAGGAAUUGUUAACAUUGGAAUUGAGGGUAUGUACAGAGAAGUUGGUGUCAACACCAUUUAAUAUGACAUAUUUUUUCACAAAUAUAGAAAAAAUCAUUUUACAUAAGAAUUUUAAGUAUUUGCAAUAAAUAUAUGUAUAUAGAUUGUAUGUAUUCAUAUAUUAUUUUUCAUUUUAUUAUUGAGUAAAAGAUAAUUAAAAGUGACAUUAAAACCUUGGA